AUGAGUCAGGCCGCCGGCUUCUCGCGGCGCGUCCUCGGCGCGUGUUGCGUCAACGCCGCCGACGCGGCGCCUCUGUCGCCCGGCGGCCGGCGAACCGCGAUGACUAUCCUCGCGGCCCUCGCGCAGCUGCUGCUCGAGCCGGCCUUGUUCGGCCUCGCCACUGCCACGCAGGCGAUGAUGGUGGGGAACGCGUCCGCCGGCGUCGUCGUCGUCGCGGCCAGCGCGCUCACGCGCCUCGCGGCGGGUGGCGCGGCGCCGUCUGGCGCGCAGCUCGGCAUCGCUGCGCGCGCCUUCUUCGGCCUGCAGGUGGCGUCGAGCGCCGCGUCGUGCGCGCUCUACCUCGUGGCGCUGCGCCGCUCGCCGCGCCUCCUCGCCGCUGCCCGAGGAGCGGGGCGACGAGGAGCCGCCUCGAGCGCCUCUGCGAUUGGCUCGCCGCUGCUGACGCCGGACGUGGCGCGCGGCGCGGGCGAGGCGCCGCCACGCUCGGGGUGGCGAGAGAGGGGCGCUGCGGUGCGCGCCGCGGCAGGCGCGGUCUGGCUGCCGGCGGCUUGCCAGGCGCUCUGCUUUGGCACCACGCUCGCCGCUUGGCCGAGCAUCCCCGGCGCCGCGUGCGUCGAGGGCGGCCUCGCACGCUUGGGCCAGGGCUGGUGGUUCACGCUCGUGGUGCUCGUGUACAACGUCGUCGACUUCGCCGCCCGGCUGCACCUCCCCCUCCUGCAGCGGCUCGCCGCCCGCGCUCGCCCGCGCUCUUGCCUCGCUGCGUGCGCCGCCCGCACGCUGCUGGUGCCGCUCAUCUACGCGUGCGUCCGCCCGCGCCUUGUCCACGGCAUGGGCGGCAACGUCGUCUUGCUGCUCGCCACGGCGCUGCUCGCGCUGAGCAACGGCGUCCUCGCCACCGCGUCGAUGAUGCAGGUCGCGCGACUCGCGCCGGAGGAGCUGAGGGAGGAGGGGGUCGACGUCGCCGUCGCGGGAGUCUACUUCGGACUCGCGGCGGGCGCGACCGUCAGCUGGGCGGUGGGGCGGGCGAUGCAGCUGCCGCUCGCGUGUGGGUGA